AUUGCGGAUUGCGGAUCCUUUUUUUGUUAGGUUUUGUUGUACUUUUUAUUACAGUCAAUAAUUUUGUCAAGAUAUAAUAAUGAAACAUUUUAGUGUAUGUUUGUAUGUUAAAGAUAUACUUUUAUAGCUAAUUAUUUUUGUGUUUCUAUUAAAUGAAGACCGCUCGAAAAUCAUCAAAUAAUAUCAUGAAGAAAUAUUAUCAGCUGAUUCUUGUUGUUGUGUGUUUUAUAAGUAUUGUUACUCUUCUUAUAUACCGACAUGAAUAUUAUCGUCUAAGGUAUGUUUUGGAAGUGCUCAACUUUUUCGGAAAACCAGGAUUAUCUGAGGUUGAAUUCUGUGGUCCCGGUUUUAACGCUACUAUGCUUUCGGAGAUUCUACGUAACUCUUCCAUGGAGGUACGUGAAACGCCACCUCUAUUCCAGCAAAUCGACGAAAAUUUUUAUUCAUAUUCAUCAUUUCUGCGGUCAUAUAACAAAUACGAAAAACUCGAAAUAACCGAAGCACACAUUAUUAAUACUAUUGUGAUCGGAAAAGCGCAUGUGCAACCUCGUUUUCGUUGCAAUAUAUGGUUCGAAAAUAGUUCUAAGCCGAAAGCUGGUAGAUUUAGCUUUAAAGCAGCUUCGGAAAUAAUAAGUGAUUAUCAGUUGUAUAUAUUUGAAUGUUCUUUGAGUAAAAAUCUCGGGAAACCAGCUGGGAUUAGUUUCUAUGUUAAUGACUACAACAUAAAUCCAAUGUAUGCACCAAUAAAUAAAGUUAUCCAAGUGAACACUAGACGCAAAGUCCGAGAGAGGAGCAGUAUUAAAUUUGUUAAUAAUAUUGAGCCGGCAUUCUGCGUUAUACCAAAUCAUGUGCCAAUAGUAUCGAGAGAUGCGUUUAUAGAGUUUCUUGUGUUCCAUCAUAUUAUGGGAGUGAAUUAUUUUACAAUAUAUGAUGGGAUGAUAUCUGAAGAUGUCAUCAAAAGGUUGAAUUUGUUCCCAUCUGAUAUAACUCAGUGGGAUAUACAAUUUUUCCCUCUAAAUUAUCCAUUUGUGUUUGCAAAGUCCUACAAGAUUGUUAGGAGUGCUAUAGAAUUGGAUUGUCUGUUUAGACACUACAAAUAUGACAAAGAGGAGUCAAGUAAAGUAAGUCAUGUGGCUGUUCUCUCGUGGGAUGAAUUUUUGGUGCCGAGAGUACACAAUAGUUUUAAGGCUGUUUUAGAUGACUUUGAUCCCACAAGAGCUCUCCGAACAUACACUGUGGAGCCCUUGUUAUUCUGUUUAAAUCAAAAUGAUGAUGAUAAUGUAGAAAUCGGAUAUCCGGCCAUUAUGAAGAAAACCCAUUAUUAUAAUAUACCACAAAACAAAGUGCCAAUACACGUAAGGAAUUUAGAAACUAUGACAAACUUUGACGAUCUGUUUAAUCUAACAACAAGUAUCAAGAAAAUACCUCUAGAGCUGCUGGGAGCUCAUAAGUAUAGUGUGUGCCGAGAUUGGAAGACUUUCAGUCCUGGCGGCUAUAAUGAAACUGAGAUGCAGGUUUUCCAACACAAAUUCGAAGGUGCUAUGAUAAAAUAUGGACAGAGUCUUGUUAGCAAUAAAGUGUAUAGAUUGUAUACAUCCGGACAAAUAUGGGAGAAAAAUUCUAUAGAUAAUGUUAGAGAUAUGUUAUAAGUUUACCGAAUGAUAUAUUGAAUGUUGAGCGUUUUAUAUUGAUAAUAGUAAAAGUGGGCACAGUGUUAUUGCAGGAACAUUAGUUUGUCUGAGUUAUAGUAAUGUUAGUUGUGUAUUAUUCAUGAAUGUUGGAAAAAUUAUAAGUAAUUUAAAUCAACAAGUGCUAGUGUUGUACAACUUUACAUUUGAUUGUAGAAUACUUAAUUACGAGCCACCUAUGUGAGAGUCAUUUAUAAUUCUCUAGGAUAUGGAAAUAUUGAAAUUCAAUUGACUUAAAAUUCUUAUAUUGGCUAAGCUUCUCAAAGUAUGAUCAAUUAAUAAUUUGUACGGCAGUAAUUUGUGUUAUAGCAAUUUCAAGCAAUUAUCUUGCUUUUAGACUAUAGAGAAUUGAGCACUUAUUAGAUUCUAGAGACGAAAGUUUUAAGGAAUAGCUUAUAAUAAUAGGAAGUAUCACUGCCACAUUAAUAUGUACUAGGAAACAAAUCAGAGGUUUCCAAAAUAAGUAACCAAUUUACUUAGAACCCUUUCCGCAAAGAUUUAUUAUGCUGAGGUGGUUUAAAAUUCAUGUAUUUCUUGAAAUUGUAAAUUUUUUUCAUAUACACAGUGUGUUUGGUUUCCAUAACAGAGCUAUUAACUCAUAAGCCUGGCACUGACACAAUUCUCGUCACAAAGUAGGUUGAGUCAAGUGGAUUGAACUCUUAAUUGCAUUCUUAUCUGUUGUUCAGAAACUUCUUGUGUAUAUUAUCAAGUAUUAUAAUUGUUGAGAUAGAUUAUAAAAUAUUAUUUUUUAAAUAAUUUAUAUAUAUAUUAAUAAGCCAAGCUAUUUAUGCUGGAGCUAGAUUUGUUAUUAUAAUUAUUCAAUACUCGGUUCAUGAUUUGCAUUAUUGUGGGAGAUUGAAUCUUGUCUCAAUGAAACCCAUUUUUGUUUCCGCUUUAUAUUAAAUAGAAACCUAACUAAGAACAUUUUAAUGUAUUAUUAUGGUUGUAUUGUAAUUAAUAGACAUGAAAUUAUAACUUCAUCGGGCAUAGUAGGAUUUAUAGCCCACCUUGGUUAUUGGAGUUUUAUAUUGAUCUCAACCUUUUUAUAUUCAUAAAACCUUUAUUUGAUUAUCACUAUUUGUUGAAAUUAAACAUUUUUUUUUGUAAACCAUUAAUUUUGGGAAAAAUCGUUAUUCAAAGAAAGUGGUCAUUGAAUGCCCUAUACCCGUCUGUCGGUCGUAUGAUAUGGACACUGUUUCCAUUAUACAAGAGAUGAUUUUUAAAUAAAAAUAUAAUUGUAAAUUAUUAGGAUUUUUGCAACAAAAAUAAUUAAUCAUUGAUUAAAUCUAAAUAUAAUGAUACUUUCAGUGAUAUACGAUGACAGAUUCAUAGUAAAAACAAUAUUCAUUGCCGGUUAUCAGCAAAGAGAUCAAAGUUAAAACUAUAGGUACAGUUCGUAAUUAAAAAUAGGGAUAAUGGAAACAAAUUAUACAACGACAGGAGCUCUUUAACAGAUAUAGUGCAUUUUUUUGUGUCUUAAUUUUAAUAUUUUUUAAGUACACAAGUAUUGUUCACGUAAAAAUUAAUAACACAACACAUUUACAGUUUUAAUGAUAGUGCACAUGGGGCCUGAUUAAGGGAUGGGACAUGGGAAACAAUUACUGUGGAUCAACUAACAUUUAUUGGUUAAAGCUGGUGACCUCUGAUUAGUAGUGUUAUAGAUUAAUCAAACAAUGUUAAAAAAAAGUUGUGCCUUGAUUAAAUGAGGGUAGUUGAUUGUUCCAUUCUUGUUUAAAAUUACUUGCAAAGCAAUAAGACUGCUUGUUUAAUCUUGUUUAAAUAGACCCAUAUAUUAAAUAAGUACUAAGUAUAUAACAUAUGUAUAUACUCUGUUAUAUCAUUAAUCUAGUCCUAAUAGCGUUAUCCGAUAUGUUUGUUUUAAAAUCUUCAUUCCCAUUUAAUAAAGUUUAUAAAAAAUAAAA